AUGUCAGACAACGACAUCGCAUCGAAAGAAGCAUACUUCGAGGCACAGGCCUUGCUGGACCUGUCUGAUGAUGAGCGAGACUUCUCGAACAAUAGCCCUGGCGUGGUCGACCGCGCAUUGGAAGACUCAAAAGCAAUGCCUCCUCCUACUUCGGAUAAAGCAAGGAGCAGUUUCCUCGGGCCAACGCCCAAAGAGCGACGAGUUGCAUUCGAGGCGCAUACUACAAAGCAUCGCACAGUCACGCGAGAAUCAGGUCUUAAUCUGGUCCGGUCCUCCACUGCGCCUGAGGCGGAAUUAACAAAGAGUUUCCCCGUCACCAAGCCACGAAGUGGUGUAUCAGCCACCGUUGAAGGUACGAGCAAACUGAAGCGGGUUGCCUCACUUCCGGACAUGCCAGCCCUAGAUCAGACUCCCUUCUACAAGCAAAUCGGCACGAUACCUCGAGAGCUGAAGAACGGGAAGAAUGUCAAACCAGCAGGCAAUAUCAAACUUGAGCCGGAGCACAAGCAACUGCUCAAGGGCAAGAUUGUCUACUUCUAUCCCAACGAUGAUAUCAGCAUGGCACGGCGAACGCGCAUCCACAAGGUAAUUCAGCUCGGAGCUGCCUGGGUGAACCGGUGGAGGGACGAUGUCACCCACAUCAUGCUUGACGAUGCAAGCUAUACGUACAGCCAACUAUUGCGGCACCUUAACAAGGCUGGCUUCUCUUGCAUAGAGUUUGGCACACUUCUGGACCCUAAUGCUGUGAGGUUUGCGAUCAAAGGCGCGCCUGUGCGUAGUCAGUCCUUCCAAGCCGAAGAGCCGUCACAGCCGUCAGAUCCUUCGCAAGUCUCGCUGAAGAUCAAAUCUUCGAGACACCAGAUAGCGGCUCAAGGAACACAGAAGACAGACUCUCCACCAACAGAAGAGAGUAUACCGUCAUCGCGGCCAGCAGCAGAAGCACCUCCGAGCUCAUCGGAUAGCGAUAUCGUAGAGGACAGCUUCAUUGUACCCUCCUCAGACCCUGCGGAGCACAUACGCAAUGUCCCUAGUGCACCUGACCGUUUCAACGAUGCCUUGUCACAAGCUAUCAAAGAGACAAUGGCACUUGCCCACCUGCCUCUAGACGACGAAGACGCAGAUUCACCACCUCCGACCCCCGUAGAUGAGGACGACGACGAAGGUUCUGACGAAGAGCCUUCUGAGACGAAUCGAAAGUCUCGUAAAACGCCGGUCUUCGUUUCAAAAGCUUCUGCAUUGAGAGGCAAGGGGUUGAAUCUGAACACCUUCCAGUGUAUGGAUCCGGGCAGCAAUGGCUAUUCUUCUGACAACCCCAACGCCCGCACGAUACAGAUCUUGGAUGAAAUGUGCAAGCAUUACGACAAGAUGCAGGAUCAAUGGCGCACAAUAGCUUACCGCAAGGGUAUCACUACACUGAAGAAACAGACGACCAAGAUUGUCACGUCCAAACAAGCCGCUGCCUUGCCCUUCAUUGGACAGCGCCUCGCCGACAAGAUCGAAGAAAUUGUACUCACAGACCGUCUCCGCAAACUAGACAGUACUAAGGAUGACCCGCUCGACUCGGUCCUGCGCCUCUUUCUCGGUGUCUACGGCGCUGGUCUCGUCCAAGCCAACAAAUGGAUCCAAGCCGGCUACCGUACCCUCGAGGAUCUAGAAACCAAAGCCAAGCUGACAGACAGUCACAGAGUUGGAUUGGAGCACUACAACGACUUCAACACACGCAUCCCGCGCUCUGAAGUUGAAGCUCACGGCGCUGCUGUCAAAGCUGCGCUCGCCCAGAUCGAUCCAGAGUUCAGCGCAACAAUAAUGGGCAGUUAUCGCCGCGGUGCAAAUGACUCUGGCGAUAUCGAUAUGCUCAUAACAUGUCCCGGCGCCUCACUAUCUAUGCUGCGCACUGUCGUCUUCGAUUCCCUCGUUCCUCAGCUAUUCAGCGCCGGCUUCCUGAAAGCUUCACUGGCAACUUCACGCUCCAACGAUCCCACGGGUACCAAAUGGCACGGCGCGUCUUGCCUCCAGACGUCGAAAGUUUGGCGACGCAUGGAUUUGCUUCUUGUUCCAGAAGAAGAAAUGGGCGCGGCGCUCAUCUACUUCACUGGCAACGACAUCUUCAACAGGAGUAUAAGGUUGCUUGCGCGCAAGAAGAAUAUGCGACUAAAUCAGAAGGGGCUGUACAAGGAUGUCGAGAGAGGGCGACGAGGGGAGAAGUUGAACGAGGGUGUGCUUGUGGAGGGAAGGAGUGAGAAGAAGAUUUUUGAAGUCUUGGGCGUGCCGUGGAGGGAGCCGCAUGAGAGGAUCUGUUAG